AUGAAUGGCACUGAAGUUGAGAAGUGUUUUAACACUUCGCUCUCUAGACCUUGUCAGAAAUGUGUGGUAAUUCAAAUCGUCCAACACGAACUUUUGCACGUUAUCGGACUGUGGCACGAGCAUAUGCGCUACGACAGAGACAAAUACGUCAGAGUUAAUUAUAUGAACAUUCGGCCAGGCUUAGGAAGUCAGUUCGACAUAAUUUCCUCCAAAUAUUCGACAGUGUUCAAUAUUCCUUACGACUACACAUCGGUGAUGCAUUACGGAAAGACAGCGUUCGCUCGACGGGGUACGAUCACCAUGCAGACCUUGGAUUCCAGAUAUACGGACGUGAUUGGAAGACAAACAGACGCUUCUUUAAGCGACUAUCAGAAGGUUUGCAACAUCUACGGCUGCGGUGUGUGUAAUCGCAGAAGGAUGAAUUCGAUAAGCAACACUGAGAAGACGGAUUUAUGGAAGCCUAAUCCCAUGCCUGAUGAUUCUUCACUGGGUGAAAGUAGUUGCAGCAAACAUUCGCUUUACAUUUAUAACACAGAACCCUCAUAUUCACUAGAUGAAGUGAUACUUUUGACAGUAACUCUCAUUUCGUGGUCAGUACCAGCACAUUAG